ACCAUUUUUUAUCCUUAAAAACCAUGGGUGUCUUGACAUAUACCGAUGAACACAUUUCAACAAUCCCUCCAGCAAGAAUUUUCAAAGCCUCAAUUCUCGACUCACACAUUUUGAUGCCAAAACUCAUGCCAGGUGCAAUCAAAAGCGUUGAAUUUAUCAAAGGUGAUGGUGGGGCCGGAAGCAUUAAGCAGAUUAACUUUGUCGGAGGUAAACUUAUACUUAAUCCAAUAUGUUAUGUGAAACAUCAAAUAGAUGAAGUGAAUGAGAAGACAUUCACAUACAAGUAUAGUUUGAUUGAAGGUAUGGGUAUAUCAGACAAGAUCGAGAAGGUGUCAUAUGAUAUUAAGUUUGAGGGUUCACCUGAUAAUGGCACCGUUGCAAAAAUGACCACAACUAUUUACACUCAUGGUGAUUUUGAGCUUAAGGAAGAAGAACUAAAUGCAGGAAAAGAAAAGGUUUUAGGGCUUUACAAGGUUGUGGAAGACUACCUCCUCAAAAACUCUGAUGCAUAUGUUUAAAGAUUCCUAUUUUUAAUGUUGUGUUGUAUCCAUGUUUUGUGUUUUUAAGAUUCCCACUAUUUUUGAGAAAUAAGCAUCACACCAUUAAUAAAAUUUUACUUACAAAAUUGUUUCUUGAUACAA